AUGACAGUCAACCCAAUGUCUGCCUCGCAAAGUGAGAAGAGGAACGUACAAACUGAGAAUGUCACCAAGGCGAAGACAGUCAGCCAAAUGUCUGCCUCGCAAAGGGACAAGAGGAACGUACAGGCUGAGAAUGUCACAAAGGCCAUGACAGUCAACCCAAUGUCCGCCUCGCAAAGGGAGAAGAGGAACGUACAAGCUGAGAAUGUCACCAAGGCGAAGACAGUCAGCCAAAUGUCUGCCUCGCAAAGGGACAAGAGGAACGUACAGGCUGAGAAUGUCACAAAGGCCAUGACAAUCAGCCAAGUGUCUGGAUCUCAAAGGGAGGAGAGGAACGUACACCCUGAGAAUGUCACAAAGGCCAUGACAAUCAGCCAAAUGUCUGCCUCGCACAGGGACAAGAGGAACUUACACCCUGAGAAUGUCACAAAGGCCAUAACAGUCAGCCAAGUGUCUGGCUUGCAAAGGGAGAAGAGGAACGUACACUCUGAGAACGCCAAAAGACCUCAGCCAAGUGUCUGGCUCGCAAAGAGCAAGAGGAACGUACAAGCUGAGAAUUUCACGAAGGUUAUGACAGUCAGCCAAAUGUCUGCCUCGCAAAGGGACAAGAGGAACAUACAGCCUGAGAAUGUCACAAAGGCCAUAUCAGCCAGUAAAAUGUCUGGCUCUCAAAGUGAGGAGAGGGACGUACACGCUGAAUAUAUCACCAAGGCCAUGACAGUCAGCCAAAUGUCUGACUUGCAAAGUGAGGAGAGGGACGUGCACACUGAGAAUAUCACCAAGGCCAUGACAGUCAGUCAAAUGUCUGACUUACAAAGACGAGAGGAACUUACAUAA